CUUUGCUCAAAGUCGCCACUGGGAGCUGAGAGGGAGGACUGGACCCAACCUAAGACAGGCUGAGGCCCUGGAGGGAAACCAGCCCAGGACCCACAAGGGCAGGGAUGGAGUGGGCCUCAGGGGACCAAGGGAGGGACCGGCAUAGACAGCCUGUGCCCUGGCACUUUCGACUGGGCCUGCUUCUAAGCGUGAUAGCCACCACUCUGGCCCAGGCCCCAUCUCUGGAUGCACCUGGCUGUUCGCGAGGAAGCUGCUACCCAGCCACAGGUGACCUGUUGGUGGGCCGUGCCGACAGACUGACUGCCUCAUCUACCUGUGGCCUUCGUGGCCCCCAGCCCUACUGCAUUGUCAGUCACUUGCAGGAUGAGAAGAAGUGCUUCCUGUGUGACUCCCGGCGCCCUUUCUCUGCUCCAGACAACCUGCACAGCCAUCGUAUCCAGAAUGUAGUCACCAGCUUUGCACCACAGCGCCGGGCAGCCUGGUGGCAGUCAGAGAAUGGUGUUUCCACGGUCACUAUCCAACUGGACCUGGAAGCUGAGUUCCAUUUCACACACCUCAUUAUGACCUUCAAGACUUUUCGUCCUGCUGCCAUGUUGGUGGAGCGCUCAGCAGACUUUGGCCACACCUGGCAUGUGUACCGAUAUUUCUCCUAUGACUGUGGGACUGACUUCCCAGGUGUUCCACUAGCCCCUCCGCGGCACUGGGAUGAUGUAGUCUGUGAGUCUCGCUACUCAGAAAUCGAGCCAUCCACUGAAGGCGAGGUCAUCUAUCGUGUGCUAGACCCUGCCAUCCCUAUCCCAGACCCCUACAGCCCACGUAUCCAGAACUUGUUGAAGAUAACCAACCUUCGAGUGAACCUAACUCGGCUUCACACACUGGGAGACCACUUGCUUGACCCACGGCGUGAGAUCCGAGAGAAGUACUAUUAUGCCCUCUAUGAGCUGGUUAUACGGGGCAACUGCUUCUGCUACGGACAUGCCUCACAGUGUGCACCUGCCCCAGGGGCACCAGCCCAUGCUGAGGGCAUGGUACAUGGGGCCUGUGUCUGCAAACAUAACACUCGUGGACUCAACUGUGAGCAGUGUCAGGAUUUCUAUCAUGACCUGCCCUGGCAUCCAGCUGAGGAUGGCCAUAGUCACGCCUGUAGGAAGUGUGAGUGCCAUGGACACACUCACAGCUGCCAUUUUGACAUGGCCAUAUACCUGGCAUCGGGCAAUGUGAGUGGAGGCGUAUGUGACAGAUGCCAGCACAACACAAUUGGACAUCACUGUGAGCUCUGCCGACCCUUCUUCUACCGGGAUCCAAUGAAGGACCUGCGGGACCCAGCUGUGUGCCGCCCUUGUGAUUGUGACCCUAUGGGUUCCCAAGAUGGUGGUCUCUGUGAUUCGCAUGAUGAUGCUGCCCUGGGGCUUGUCUCAGGCCAGUGUCGCUGCAAAGAACAUGUGGUGGGCCUUCGUUGCCAGCGAUGUCGUGAUGGCUUCUUUGGACUCAGUGCUAGUGACCCUCUAGGUUGCCGGCGAUGUCAAUGUAAUGCUCGAGGUACAGUGCCUGGGGCCACUCCUUGUGAUGCCAAUAGUGGAAACUGUUUCUGCAAGCGGCUGGUGACUGGACAUAGCUGCGACCGCUGCCUGCCUGGCCACUGGGGUCUGAGCCAUGACCUGCUUGGCUGCCGACCUUGCAACUGUGAUGUGGGUGGUGCCUUGGAUCCUCAGUGUGAUGAGGCCACAGGUCAGUGUCGCUGCCACCAACACAUGGUCGGGCGACGCUGUGAGCAAGUGCAGCCUGGCUAUUUCCGGCCGUUCCUGGACCACCUAACUUGGGAGGCUGAGGAUGCCAGAGGGCAGGUGCUCAAUGUGGUGGAGCGCUUGGCAGUCACCCAGGAGACUCCCUCCUGGACUGGGCCAGGCUUUGUGCAGUUGCGGGAAGGUCAGACACUGGAGUUCCUGGUGACCUCUUUACCAAAAGCCAUGGACUAUGACCUGCUGCUGCGUGUGGAGCCUCAGGUCCCUGAGCAGUGGGCAGAGAUAGAACUGACUGUACAGCGUCCAGGUUAUGUGGCUGCCCACAGCGUGUGUGGGCAUGUGCUGCCCAAGGAUGACCACAUUCAAAGGACUCUGCAAACAGCUGUUAGGUACAUAGUGCUUCCCAAACCUGUCUGCCUUGAGCCUGGCAUCUCCUAUAGGCUGCAUCUGAAGCUGGUGCGAACAGGGGGAGGUUCCCAGCCUGAGGAUUCUGGACCUGGCCUGCUCAUUGACUCGUUAGUGCUCUUGCCUCGUUUCCUGGCACUAGAGAUGUUUAGUGCAGGUGAUGCCAGUGCUCUGGAGCGCCGUGCCACCUUUGAACACUAUCGCUGCCAUGAGGAAGGUCUGAUGCCCAGAAAGACCCCUCCCAGUGAGGCCUGUGCCCCCCUUCUCAUCAGCCUGUCGAGUCUGAUCUACAAUGGUGCCCUGCCCUGUCAGUGUGACCCUGAAGGCUCACUGAGUUCUGAGUGUAAUCCUCACGGUGGCCAGUGCCUGUGCAAACCUGGAGUGGUUGGGCGCCGCUGCAACAUCUGUGCCACUGGUUACUAUGGUUUUGGUCCCACAGGCUGUCAAGCCUGCCAGUGUAGCCCUGAGGGAGCUCGCAGCGGCCUGUGUGAAGGGACUUCUGGGCAGUGUCCCUGCCGAACUGGUGCUUUUGGACUUCGCUGUGACCACUGCCAGCAUGGCCAGUGGGGAUUCCCUAACUGCCGGCCAUGUAUCUGCAAUGGGCAUGCAGAUGAAUGUGACCCUCACACAGGCACUUGCCUCAGCUGCCGUGACCACACAGGAGGAGAACACUGUGAAAGAUGCAUUGCUGGAUUCCAUGGGGACCCACGGCUGCCAUAUGGGGGCCAGUGUCGGCCCUGCCCCUGCCCUGAAGGCCCUGGCAGCCAGCGGAAUUUUGCUACUUCUUGCCAUCGGGAUGGGUACUCCCAGCAGAUUGUGUGCCACUGCCGGUCAGGGUACACAGGGCUUCGGUGUGACACUUGUGCCCCUGGGUACUUUGGAGACCCAUCAAAGCCAGGUGGCAGGUGCCUACCAUGUGAGUGCAGUGGGAACAUAGACCCCACAGACCCUGAUGCCUGUGAUCCCCAAACGGGGCAAUGCCUACGCUGUUUACACCACACAGAAGGGCCACACUGUGCACAUUGCAAGCCUGGCUUCCACGGACAGGCUGCCCGACAGAGCUGUCACCGCUGUACCUGCAACCUUCUGGGCACAAAUCCUCAGCAUUGCCAAUCUACUGACCAGUGCCAGUGUGAUGCAAGCAGUGGACAGUGUCCAUGCCUUCCCAAUGUCCAAGGGCUUAGCUGUGACCGCUGUGCCCCCAAUUUUUGGAAUCUUACUAGUGGUCGUGGCUGUCAGCCUUGUGCCUGCCACCCAACCCGGGCCAGAAGCCCCACCUGCAAUGAGUUCACAGGGCAGUGCCACUGCCGUGCUGGCUUUGGUGGACGGACUUGCUCUGAAUGCCAAGAGCUCCACUGGGGAGACCCUGGGUUGCAGUGCCGUGCCUGUGAUUGUGACCCUCGUGGGAUAGAUACACCUCAGUGUCACCGCUCCACUGGUCACUGUAGUUGCCGCUCAGGCGUGUCUGGUGUGCGCUGUGACCAGUGUGCCCGGGGCUUCUCAGGUGUCUUUCCUGCCUGCCACCCCUGCCAUGCAUGCUUUGGGGACUGGGACCGAAUUGUGCAGGACUUGGCUGCUCGUACAAGACGCCUGGAGCAAUGGGCUCAGGAGCUGCAGCAGACAGGAGUGCUGGGUGCCUUUGAGAGCAGUUUCCGGCACAUUCAGGAGAAGCUGGGUAUGGUGCGGGCCAUUGUGGGUGCUCGAAACACCUCAGCUGCCUCUACUGCACAGCUUGUGGAAGCCAUAGAGGAUCUACGACGUGAAAUUGGGGAGGCCACUGAGGAGUUGACUCGGCUGGAGGCAGAGCUGACUGAUGUGCAAGAUGAAAACUUCAGUGCCAACCACGCACUGAGCAGUCUCGAACGAGAUGGGCUUGCACUUAAUCUCACACUGCGGCAGCUUGACCAGCACCUGGACUUGCUUAAGCAUUCAAAUUUCCUGGGUGCCUAUGACAGCAUACGCCAUGCUCACAGGCAGUCUGCAGAGGCAGAACGUCAUGCUAACUCCUCAGCCCUAUCAGUACCCAGCCCUGUGAGCAACUCAGCAGAUACCCGGCAUCGAACAGAAGUACUGAUGGGUGCCCAGAGGGAAGACUUCAACCGCAAACACUUGGCUAACCAGCAGGCAUUGAGUGAACUCUCUGCCCAUACUCAUACCUUGAGCCUGACAGACAUAAAUGAAUUGGUGUGUGGGGCCCCAGGGGAUGAACCCUGUGCUACCAGCCCUUGUGGAGGUGCUGGCUGUCGGGAUGAGGAUGGACAGCCCCGCUGUGGGGGCCUCAGCUGCAGUGGGGCAGCAGCCACAGCAGACCUAGCACUGGCCCGGGCCCGGCACACACAGGCAGAACUGCAGCGGGUACUGGUAGAAGGUGGUGGCAUCCUCAGUCGAGUGGCUGAGACUCGUCGGCAGGCAGGCGAAGCACAGCAGCGGGCCCAGGCAGCCUUGGACAAGGCUAAUGCUUCCAGGGAACAGGUGGAGCAGGCCAACCAGGAACUACGAGAACUUAUCCAGAGUGUGAAGGACUUCCUCAGCCAGGAGGGGGCAGAUCCUGAUAGCAUUGAGAUGGUGGCCAUGAGGGUGCUAGAGCUCUCCAUCCCAGCUUCACCUGAGCAGAUCCAGCGCCUGGCAGGUGAAAUUGCAGAGCGGGUCCGGAACCUAGAGGAUGUGGAUACAAUCUUGGCACGUACAGUGGGAGAUGUGCGUCGGGCUGAGCGGCUACUGCAGGAUGCACAGCGGGCACGGAGCUGGGCUGAAGGUGAAAAAAAGAAGGCAGAGACAGUACAGAAAGCACUAGAAGAGGCCCUGCGGGCACAGGGUGUUGCCCAGGGUGCCAUCCAGGGAGCAGUGGUUGACACAAAGAACACAGAGCAGACCCUGCGCCAGGUACAGGAGAGGAUGACCGGUGCAGAGCAGGCUCUGAGCUCUGCAGAUGAGCGGGCUCAGCAAUUAGAUGCUCUUCUGGAGGCUCUGAAACUGAAAUGGGCAGGAAAUAGCCUGACAGCCUCUACAGCUGAAGAAACAGCAGGCAGUGCUCACAUUCGUGCCCAGGAGGCUGAGCAGCUGCUGCAAGGCUCAGUGAGUGAUCAGUACCAAACGGUGAAGGCCUUGGCUGAACGCAAGGCUCAGGGUGUGCUAGCUGCUCAGACAAGGGCGGAACAACUUCGGGAUGAGGCUCGGGGCCUGCUACAAGCGGCUCAGGACAAGCUGCAGCGACUACAGGAACUGGAGGGCACCUAUAAAGAGAAUGAGCGCGCCCUGGAGGACAAAGCGGCUCAGCUGGAUGGGCUGGAGGCCAGGAUGCGAAGUGUGCUUCAAGCCAUAAACCUGCAAGUCCAGAUUUACAACACCUGCCAGUAACCCCUGCCCAGGGCCUACCUCGUCCCUAACCCUACAAUGCGCUUUUGUCUGCCUACACACUAAAGCUUUUUGCCUGGCAAGGCUCCAAUAAACCAGUGUGAACCCUU